GAGCUACAGCGCAUGUGUCGAAGCCUCGGGUAUCAGAGGACCAUCACUACUUGCGACUGCGGAAUCGUAAUUUACGUAUUAUUUCCUAUAUAUUUAAUACGCUUAAAAUCAAUGUCAAGUUUUUGACCUCUGCUUAAUUCAGCGUUUCAUUCAGCUGUGCCAAAUUAAUAACGGGAACGUCGCAGGCUGGUACAUACGGUCGCAACAUAACCGUUAAAUCUCUGACGACAUUACCGUUACUCCGGUGGCUAAUUUCGAUAUUUGAGGAGCGCUAACAUUUACCGUCCUUUCAGAUACUCUGUCAGUCCUGUUAAUGACGCCUGACAUCCAGCUCCAUGUGCAGACUGCUAUGGGUGCCCUAGUAUGCUAGGACCAUGUUCAAAAAUGUUUUUGGCUCAGGGUUUCUGGUUAGAACAGCUCAUGUGAUACUGACAUGGGUCAUAACGCUAAUACUUUUCCUACAUGACACAGAGCUGAGGAAGCAGGAGGAGACAGGCCAGCUCGUACAGCCUGUGCUCUUCGUGCUGCUGGUGCUGGUGUCUGUGCUGCUCUACUUUGCAGUCUCUCUGAUGGACCCAGGCUUCAUCCUGUCUGAUGACAGCGAUUUACAGUUUACACUGGGAGUGACUGAGGAGCAGCAGGACAUGAUCCCACCCACCACCAAAUCCCUGCGGCAGCGACGCUGUGGCCACUGUCUGCUUCAGCAGCCAAUGAGAUCAAAGCACUGCCAGACGUGUCAGCACUGUGUCCGGCGUUACGACCAUCACUGCCCGUGGAUUGAGAACUGUGUUGGUGAGAGGAACCACCGCUGGUUUGUGCUCUACCUGGCCGUCCAGCUGCUGGUGCUGCUGUGGGGGCUGCACAUCGCCUGGACGGGUUUCAGCUACGCGCCCACCUGGCAGCUGUGGCUGCGUACCAACGGCGUGCUGCUGGCCGUGGCCGUGCUGGUGGCCCUGCUCUCGCUCAUCGUGUUGCUCCUGCUCAGCUCCCACCUCUACCUAGUAUCUCUCAACACCACCACAUGGGAGUUUAUGUCGCGACACCGCAUCUCCUACCUCAAGCACUGCGGCGCAGACGAAAACCCCUUUGACCGCGGAACCUUUCACAACCUUUGGGGUUUCUUCUGCGUGUGGGGCACAGUGGUGUGGGAGCAGGUGUACUUCAGGGAGGGCAGCGACCAGGUUUAGGAACCGCACAGAUUUCACUCAUAAGCAACCUUUCUGUAUCUGGGAUCACACACUUGACCACAUUGUUAGAGGAUGAACUCUUUUGUGUGCAGUUUACCUACAAAGGCACCUGUGCCAUGACUCUGCAACAUUUCCCUCCUUCUUUUCCUCUCAGCGGAUUGCUUGCUUGUGUCCUUGCUAUGUUUUUGCAAUCCGCAUUUCCCAUUUUUCCCUUGUCUUUCCGGGUUAUGGAUGUCAACAGGUUCAUUCAUGUCUGUUUCUUCCCUUCAGAGUGAGGUUCCUGCUCCUAGUAGCAGGUAACCAGCACUACAGAAUUUCUGUUUCGUACAAUUGACAUUGUAAAAUUUAAAUUUCUCCUGAAACAGGAAACAUCCACAUUGUCUGCAGCCAUUUUUACUGCUCGAUCUUAGAGCUCUUAGUGCAAUCAGUCAUGAUGCCCUGUUGACUCAAGCUUGGUCUUUGUUUACGCAGCCACGUCCCACUUGACCCUCACUGCUGCCUCCUCCACUGAAUCAUUUAUGUGAGAAGUGAUUACAUGUUGGAAAACUCCUGCUUUCACCAUGACAGCAAACCCGACUGAUGGACUGUUUCUGAAGUUUACUCUUGAUAUAAGUGAAAUAUUGUGUUAACAUUUGAGUAAAGAAAUAUUUGUUUUUAAUGCAUGUGUAGACAAUCAGAUCUGUGGUGGGUAUUGUUUCUUUUUUCUUUCACUGGAGUCACAUCCUAAUUUUAGUUUUUAGUAUAGCGAGUUCAUUCUGUUCUAGUUACCUGUGAUAAAUUAUUUAUUCUGCACAGAGGUUUUACAAGGUGCACUUGUGUUUUUGUCUCAGAAGUAGGGUAGCCUGAGUGAGAGAUCUUUGGAAAUUUCAACUGUGUUGUUCCAAGCAUUUUAUCCAACCCUGAUGUACAGGGCGUGUUGACUUUAAAUGGACGGCAUCUCAAGCUAUUUUAUAUUGUUUAUAGUUUUUUUUUUAACUAUUUUGAACCAGGACAUUUCUUUAGACUUUUGUACGACUGUUUUAACAGAGUGAAUGGAUGAAUAGUGUGGAAACAUUAGCUAAGACUUGGAGCCCUUGGAGUGCAAUACUUUUAGUAAUUCUGUUUGAGCUUUUCCUUGUGCAAUAGUAACCUUGUAAGAGAGCAAUAAAUGUGGUGUUGAAUUUAAUGUGCAACAGCUGUGUUGGACAAAAUGCAGACUGCCUUCAGUCAGACUACAUCAUUGUCAGUGAGCGCUCUGGUUUAUACAAAGUACCAUUUAAUCAAUUUGUGUACUGAUUAAUUAUAUGCAAUACUGUCAUGCAUUUUUUACUACUUUGAAAAUACUGUAUACAUUAAAAAUGAAUAAAUGUUUCAUGAAAAAUUUCCUGCUCAAAA